AUGUCCCGUUUUCAGCGAAUUCUUCCUCCAAAAUAUUUAAACGGAUACCUUUUUGAAGACUUCUUAGGUAAAGGAGCCUUUUCUUCAGUAUACAAAGCAACAAAUAUUCAAACAAGGCAAAAAUUCGCGAUUAAAAUUUUUCCAAAAUCAAAUCUUAAAACGAUAAAGGAUCAAGAAAGAUUCCAACACGAAAUCGAUAGCAUGUCUCUAUUCAAAUGCGAUUACAUUGUUAAAUUACAUGGCUUUUUUUGGGAUACAAAUAACUUUUAUCUUGUUCUUGAUUUAUGCGAAGGAGGCGAGUUAUACGAUUACAUCAUUGAAAACGAUAAGCUUGGUGAGGCAACGGCCGCCUUGGUUUUUAAAGAAAUCGCCAUCGGCAUAUCAUAUUCUCAUUCUUUUGGAGUUGCCCAUAGAGAUAUCAAACCUCAAAAUAUUUUGAUCACAGAAUUUCCGAAUAUUAAAAUAACCGAUUUUGGCUUAUGUGGCAUAAUCGAAAGCUCACAAUUGAUGAACGGUUUUUGCGGGUCACCUACUUAUUGUUCUCCAGAAUGCUUAACUAGACAGCAGUACGACGGUAGACUUAGCGAUAUCUGGUCUAUGGGCGUAUUGCUUUAUACUAUGGUUGUUGGUUCACCUCCUUGGAAUACGACGUCAUCUGCCAACCUUUUAGAUCAGAUAUUUGCAGAUAACAUUCAAUAUCCAAGUCACAUUUCCAAGCUUUGCAGAAGUUUAAUCAGUUCGAUGCUUAAGAUUAACCCAUUCGAAAGAAUUACAAUGGAUGAAAUUAUGAAUCAUCCUUGGCUGAAGAUCGCCCAUUUCUCGCCAAGUAAAAACGAGAACCUAAAUCCCGCACAACCCUUAUUUACUAUACCAGAAAAACCUCUUGCUCUUUUAGAACUUGAUAGAUCUAUCUCGUGCAGCUUUAAACUACAUUCAGAACACGGAAUCGUUCCUCCAUUUGGAAUUUCAAAGUCAGAUUCGGCAAGCAACCCUAAUCAGAUUACUAUCACAAAGCCAAACUUACCAUGCUUAGCCAGAAACGGCCGACCAAGAAAGAAAUGCACUUCUGUCGGACCAAUGUCAAUUCAUUCUCAUUCAAUGCUCGGUAUACCACUUAUGACUUCACAGCUUAAUUGCUUAAAGCCAAAGUAA